AUGAAGAAGCUUGGUUCGCUCGUUUUCCUCUACCAGCUACCAGAGUCCUCAAGCACAAGCAGAAACACCAAAACCAAUGGAGACCACCAACAGCGACUCAUAAUCAUCGCCGGAUGGACAAACGCCAAAGACGCACAUAUAGCCAAGUACGUGGUCAAAUACCAAGCCCUAUACCCAGCUGCUCAGAUUCUUCUCCUUAAGAGCACCAUGAGUUGUAUCCUCCGUCCAUCGCAGAUCGGCACCGCUGUGAACCCCGGUGUCUCUGUCAUUCGAGCCGCCUUCCAGACGCCGGUAUCAUCUUCUUUGUCUUCACCGCCACUUCUUAUUCACAUAUUCUCCAAUGGCGGUUCUUCUAGCAUUGCAAAGAUGUAUGAUGGAUAUGCUGCCACAGCAGGACCUAAUGAAGAUAAACGCUUCCCACCGCACGUUACCGUCUUUGAUUCGUGCCCUGGUCUCUUUCGUAUCCCUCGCGCUGUGGACUUUGUCAGUGUCGGUCUCUCUUUCUUUCAGAAGCUGAUUGUCAUCCCGUUUCUCUACAUCUGGGCCGUUUGGUGGAGUGGAGCGACGGCUGUGGGCUUGCUCACUGAUUUCUUAAGCGACGGUGCAACUUGCACAACAAUGAUAAGGCAAAUACGGCUGAGAUACUGCGGGCGUACAUCUACAGCGCCGCUGAUAGAUUGACCGACUAUAAAGAUGUCGAGGCACAUGCGGCCAGGGCUGAGGGUAAAGGCUUUUCCGUGGCUUUAGAGAAAUAUCAGGGUUCGACGCACAUCGCACAUUCACGGAAGGAUGAGAGUCGGUACUGGGACAUCAUCAAGAGGACUAUGGAAGGUUGA